AUGAAUUUUGUUCAAGCUCCUUUUUACAAAAUUCAAAAUUCUAGAGUGAAGAAUUGUUUGGUCAAUCCAACUUUUGCACUCAGUGUGUCAAAUUCAGUUCUUUCGGAUGUGGAGGUUUAUGCUUCAAUUACUGUUCAUAUUCACAAUUCCCAAUUAAUUUAUGUAGGAUUAACGAUUGAAUCGGCUGACAUUGUAGAGAUUGUAAAUACAUCAAUGGUUGUGGAAGCACACAACAAGUUUGAUAUCAAUAACGUCCAAUUAUUUAACAUGUCCCGAGUUGAAUUUUCUAUUGGAUUGCAUUGGAAAAUGAAUUUGAGAUCCAUUCAACAAUUUAACUUUAUUGAUUCAUAUAUUGGCUUUUCUGAACAUGCCGUUUCUACAGAUUAUUUCGUAUUUGAUUUAGAAAUUGUUUUUACUGUUAAUUUGAAGGGAUUGAAAGUGAAAGAUAUGGGAGGAAAUGCAUUUACUAUUCGAUAUUCAUCAUCUAUUUCAUUGAAAGAUUUAGAAAUGGUAGAAAAUCGUUGUGGAGUUGGACAAAAAAGCUUGAUUCAUAUUAGUCAUGCUUCCAGUGUCGAAUUGUUAAAUAGUAAUUUCAAAGAUAAUGGAUGUAGUGCAAUAUUUGUAGAAAAUGUAAAGUCGUUAUCUUGUGGAUCAUCUACUUUUAUCAAUAAUGGUAAAACAACCAAUGGCGGAGCCAUAUCUGGGACUGGAAUCCAAAUCUUGGAUAUUGUGAGCUCUUCUUUUAUUGCUAAUAAGGCAAUUGGUGGAAGUGGAGGAGCUCUUUAUUUUAAUAAUAUAGGAGUAGGAGGCAUUCACAAGUGCCUCUUGGAGAAAAAUAGGGCAAGUGUAUCAGGAGGAGCUCUCUUCUAUCGUGGUGGCACAGAAUAUGUGAGUGGCCUAAUAAUUAAUGAAUGUAUAUUUAUAGAGAACUCGUUGGAUUCAAUGAGUAAUAGUACAAUUUCAACAGAGUUCGUAGAUUGCAAAGGAACUGGCGGCGCAUUUUCAGUGAAACAACUUGGUUUCUUGGGAUCAACUGUUAUUAGUGGAAACAGAGCUACUUGGGGUGGAGGUGGUUUUUAUUUCUCAACUUCUUUCCAUGUUGAGAAUACCACUAUCAUAGAUAAUAUUGCAUCCUUUGCUGGAGCUGGCUUAUUUGUCACAUCCCAUGUUGACACUUUGAACUUUCUCAAUAAUAUUACCAUACAUGGCAAUCAGGCAUCGGUUUAUGGAAAUAGCUUUGCAAGCCCCAUCAAAUCAAUCUUAGAUUUCGAAAUUACUUUUUUUGACAUUGAUGGUAAAAUUAGUAGUGUCGUGAAAAACCCAAAGAGCAUUCAAGUUUUCUUUGGACAGAGAAUGGAUUUAAAAUUUUUACAAAUGGCCGAUGUUUUGGGAAACGAAUUUGCACUCAUGCAAGAGAGAAUUCAAAUAUUUGAUUUCUUUUAUGAUUUUGAAAUUACGAAAUUUGCCCUUCCUAAUGGCAUUGGACUGCAAAUAAGAAAACGUUUUCGCGAUAUUCCUCACAGAAAUAGUCUUACACUUUCACUAAUUACAGAAAGUCUAUCGAUUGAUUUGGUAUUUAGAGAUUGUCCGAGUGGAUAUGAACUUGGAGAGAGUGAAUGUGUGAAGAGUUUUCCAACAGCAAUGGUAGUGAGCUUAUCAAUUUUAGGAUUAUUAAUUGCAGUAAUAGUGGGUGGUGUCUUUGGAUUUUUGUUCUCAAAGAUUGUAAAGAAAAUUUCGUACAUGAGAGCGAGAGUUUCGAUAUUGACCAAGAGAGAACAAGCUGAUGAAGAUAUUGGACGUAAGCUUCUUGAGAGUCCAUUUCAAUCAUAUGGAGAGGAGGUCCAUACAAGAGAUUCCAUGUCUCUGAGUGCUGACUUUUCUGUAAAUAACACUCCAAGAACCAAGCUCAAGAAAAUUUCCAAAUUUAUUAUUAAUUCUGAGGAUUUAACAUUUAGCAAAAAGAUUGCUGAAGGCGGAUUUGGAUCAGUGUAUUUAGCUAAAUGGAAUGUCUCUACAGAUGUUGCUGUCAAAUCAUUUCAUCAAAAUUCAGAAAAUACAGAUGAGGAAGAAUUUGAAAAAGAAGUUGCACUUUUGGUCAACUUGAGAAAUCCUCACAUUGUGUCCUUUUAUGGAAUUUGCAUAACAGAGACUAAGAAAUUCAUGGUUGUUGAAUAUAUGGACAAGGGAAGUCUUGACAAAAUUAUCUACGAGUCAAAGUGUGGAAGGGAGAAUAUUUCCUUUAAACAAAAAUUAAGAAUUCUCAUUGAUGUCGCAAGUGGAAUGAAAUAUCUACACGGACUCAAUCCAGUAAUUAUUCACAGAGAUUUAAAACCUGCAAAUAUUCUCAUCAAUUCUUCUGGAAAGGCAAAAGUUUGUGAUUUUGGACUUUCAAAAACCAUUAAUAAUGGAUCAAGACAUUCUCUCUACACUGCUACAGUCGGAACUUUGCUCUAUAUGAGUCCAGAAAUGAUUAACUCUGACAUGAAAAAACAGAGUGAUCUCUUGCAUAAGAUUGAUGUCUAUUCAUUUGCAAUUGUAAUGUUUGAAUUAUUCUUUGAGGAAAAUCCAUUUUUAAAUGAGGAAUCGAGAAAGAUUCAUUAUUUCUCUCCUCCAUUAGAAAAUGAGAGAGUCAAUGCUUUUAAUAUUAUUUUCAAGGUUUCUAAUGAUGGACUUCGACCUAAAAUUCCUUUUACAACACGAAUUCAAUUGAGGAGAAGAAUGAACGGUCCUUUCGGGUUGGAUAUUACCAGUGCUAGUAAUUUGUUGGAGAUGAUUCAUGAUCGUGUGGGAGAGGCUAUUUUAACCCCGAUCAAAGAAACAAUUCCACAAUAUCACAAGGAUAAAUCAAAAUAUACUAAUUAUGCCCAAGCCUAUUGGAAUAAUGGAAUGGCUAAAUUUCCAAAAGUUGAGAAUCUUGAUCCGAAGGUUUAUUCAUCCUCUGUUGAUUUUGAAGCUGCUGAAGGUGAGAAAAUGACACCUUUGAGUAAGAUCUGGACUGAUGCAGAUAGAAAGAAGAGUGAAGAAAAAACUAUUGUUGAAAAAAGCGCUGAUGAGUCAUCUGAGAAAUUGGAAGAAUUAUGUGAACUUAUUAGAGAACAUUUUGAUUUCGAGUUGAAAUUCCAUAUUAUUACCAUGAUUCCAACAUCUAGCAAACUUCCAUUCGAAAGAGAAUCUAGUACCAUAUUCCAGUUUAAAAAGUAUUUUUCCAAUACUCCAAAUAACUUUUGUACUGAAACCAUUGAUUCAGUAUUUGUAACAUAUCACAAGUAUCGUGCAAUUUCAAAGACAUUUAACACAAGAAUGCAAGAAUAUUUAAUGAAUGAAUGCGAUUCUUUGAAUAUUGCUUCCAUUUUCAUUCGUUUCUAUUCACCAAGAACUAAUGCAUUUGAACCAGAAAAUAAUAUUGACCUCUUCUUGUCAAAAUAUGCUCACUUGCUCUGUUUUAUCAAUGCUAAAAAGAGGUACCACUCCAAAAAGUUGGAUCACUUUGAAGAUGAAGGCAUCUACAAAAAUUGCCCAAAGGUUUAUGGAUGCUUGAAAUCCAAUUGGAGUGAAAUGUUCCUUUUGAAAACAGAUACCGAAACUGGAACUUUUACCAUUGGAGGUUCUAUUCCAUCCUAUAGACUCAAUUAUUAUAACAAUAACGUGGAUGAUUUAGAUAUUGAAGUUGAUGAAGAAACCAAGAAGGAAGCUAAAACUGACGAAAAGUUAGAAAAAGAAGAAACGCUUGAAGUUGAUGUAGAAGAGGAUACUUUCCUUCAAGUUGACAAAAAAGAAAGUCAAGAUGAAGAAGCACAAGAUGAAGAAACUACUGAAGCAGAUUUAGUUGAUGAACUCAAUCAACAAACUAUGAAUAAUAAUUAUAUGAUUUCCAACUUUUCACGUCUGGUCACCCAAUCAAGCAAGAAGGACAAGAUCAAAAAACGUCCAAAAGGAGCCGAUAUAGUUCUAGAACUUGACACUACAGAAAUUGGGUUGGAUUUGUUGAAUGAUAACUUUGACAAUAUGGAACCAUCUGAACUUUACAAAAAAUACUUCCCAGAGGGUAUUCCAAGAAUGAAUCACGAGUUUAUUUUGACUCCUCACACUCUAGCAUACUCUCCUGUUUACACAUACGAAACUUAUCUUUGCGCUUUGGUUCGUUUGUCCCUUAGGAAAGCCCUUCCUGAUCUGUUCAGUGAAUGGCAUGAGGAAACUUACAAGUUAUUCAAGUCCAUCAGCUUAAUCAAUUUCCAAAGUUAUAACUUCUUGAACAAUAUAUUGUUACAUAUCUUGUUGGAGAAUGGUAAGACAAUUCCAAAGAUUGUUGAUCCUAGCUUGGUUAAAGGUACUGUAUGUGGUAGUCAUAUUGAGGAGAUUACCUUUGUUAACUUUGUACUCGAUAAUCUUUCAUUUGUUUUCUCAAAUGAUAGAUCCUUCUAUCCUAAUGCUGGAAAACUUGAUGGGCUUUCAAAGGAUCCUUUGGCCAUUAAAUCAUAUUUCGAUUUCGAAGAGUUGCAAGAAUUUGAUAGUGUUAGUAAGAAUCUCCUCAGAUCCUGCUUUGCUAACAAUGUUAAAAAGGUCAAGUUAGCCCCAUAUGGUGAUUAUGUAUAUUCUCUUGGUACUGAAAUUGGAUAUCUUGCUACACUCUUCCCAAAUAUGAAGGAAAUCAGUUUUUUGGGAAAAACAAGAGAAAAUUCAGAUUCCAAUACCCAGAUGACCAACGUUUAUACCAGUACAACAGCUGAUAUUGAGUCAGCCAAGGAUGUUUUGAAGAAGUUUUAUGACAAGUUCUAUUUCUUAUUUGAAGGUAAACCUCAAAAGGUAGUAGAUACUUUAAAAGAUGGCUUUACAAAUAAUGACGAUGAUAAUCAAGAAACCCCUGCCGAUAUUACUGGUGCUCUAACUGUUCGUCCAAUGCUCGAUAGAGAAGACGAAAAGAGAUUGGUUAUCAGAGCCAUUCUUGUUGCCCAACUUGACAAGGACUUGAUAGGACCAAUAACUGCAAUGACUGAACAAAGAUUAGAAUUCCUACCAUUGAUCAAUCAAUUAUUGACCCAAUCCCCUGGAUUAUCCAUCAUUAAGAAGAAGGAAAUUAUUGAUUAUUGCAUCAAAUCCAAAAUUCCUUAUUCUGCUAUAGAUACCUACAACUACGAACACAUAGAAGAAAAGAGAGUUAUUGAAGAAUAUCUCAUCUAUCAUAACAACAAGUCUGAAGAAAGCCUUCUCCACCCAGAUUCUAUCAUUUAUGAUGGUAGCUUCCACUGGUGUCACGUCUUGUUAUACUUUGGUAUGAAUAUCUUCAAGAAUCCUCACGUCUUUGAAGAGUUCAUGUUCUCAGUCAUGGUUGGUAAAUGUAGUAAGAUCAAUGGAUACUAUCUUGACAAGACCAUCCUUUUAGAUCUUUAUAUGGCCAAAUUAUUCUAUGAAAAUGGAUCAAUUGAACUAUUAGCACAGAGUCUGUCUCAAAUUUCAGAUUUCCAAGGCCUUGAUAAUUUGGAAGAAACCUUGAAGAAAGUGGAAGCUGACUCAAACUGCACAGAAGAGCUUUCUACAGAUCAAAAAGUUAGAGCCUUGCAAGUCUUCUUUAGAUACUUUACUAAACCAAAGUCACAUCCUGAUUAUGAAAAGCAAAAGGUUCAAAUCACUACCGACAAGCUUAUUGCCAUGUUAACUUCAAGCUAUGAUGAUAUCAGACUGAUCGAUAAUCUUGUAACUUUGUGUACUUGUUUAGGAAAGUUCAGAGAAGUAUUUGGAGGAAUCACUUACAUGCAAUCCGCCAAAUCUACCCCUGAUCCAUAUUCAGAAGAUUUCUCCAAAACUUAUUGCAACUUUUUGGAUUCUACUGAUGAAGUCAAAUUUAAUAGACAAGCUACUCUCGUUCAAAUGAUUUACAAUGGUCAAAUCUCUGAUUUAAAUCAAACUGUUCCAGCAUUUGAACUUGAUCAAAAGGCUAUGUUAUUUGAAUCUCCAAGAAUUAUUGAGACAAGCAUUUUGAAUUUAUUGAUGGCAAGCAUGGUGAGAUCAGUUCCAUUCGUCCUUACCUUGAUUGAAAAUAUGUCACCUGAAGAUCUCUUGUACAGAGAUGAUAAUGGAUAUACUUGCCUCACAAUUUUGGCCAGCCAACGUACUGGUAUACCUACAGAAAUCAUAACAGCAGUUCUCGACAAACAACCAAAGCUUAUCAAUAUUCCAACACUCCGUUUAAUGACUCCAUUACAUCUUGCCUGUUUGGAUCCAUCAAAUAUUGGACUUGCCAAACUUUUGGUCACAAAGUAUGGAGCUGAUGUUAAUGCAAUUAAUGCCUUUGGUCUUACUCCAUACGAAAUUGCUUCCAUUAUGUAUUUGAAAGAUUUAUUCCCAAGUAGAAGUGUCUUGUCAAGCUUUUUGAAGAAAAAUUAUGAUAACAUGUCUUGGUUAAAGCCAACGACCAAUUUGAGCAAGAAGGAAAUUCUCAAACAAAUGAUUGCAAAUAGAAAUUACUAAAUUCUAUUAUAUACUUUUGAUUUGUGUAUGAAAUGUUAUUAUGGGAGACUUUAGAAAAAUUGAGUUAAAUAAUAGAAGCUUGUUUAAAACUCAUUUUUUAGCGAAUAAUUUUGGAAUAUUAAAUAAACUGAAUUGCUCU